AUGCGGGUAGUGUGCGUCUCAGACACACACGGGCUACAUGAGGACGCAGUAGCCAUCCCGGAUGGCGACGUGUUCGUCCAUGCAGGCGACUUCACUGACACGGGCGAGCGCAGCGAAGUGGUGGCCUUUAACGAGUUCUUAGGCCGCUUACCUCACCGCUACAAACUGGUCAUUGCGGGAAACCACGAGUCGUCCUUCGAUCGCGCCUUCUACCCCGAGUAUUGGCACCAAUACGGCCACAGACAAAAGUAUGAUCCGGAAGAGGUGCGUGCACUACUCACCAACGCACUGUACCUCGAAGACCAAGCUGUUCUUAUCGAAGGGUUCGUCUUCUACGGGACCCCAUGGCAACCAGAGUUCUGCAAUUGGGCCUUUAAUCUACCACGAGGUGGCGCUUUACUUAAGAAAUGGAGGUACAUUCCUACCGACACAGACGUGCUCAUCACACACACGCCACCCAUGGGACAUGGAGAUCUCGUCGGCUAUCAACGUGUGGGAUGCGCUGAUCUCCUACGAGAAGUGGAGAGUCGAGUGCGACCCAAACUGCACGUCUUCGGUCACGUACAUGAAGGCUACGGCCGCAGUGCCAGCCCAGAUGGAGCCAUCACGUACUUUAACGCCUCCAUAUGUACCCACAACUACGAGCCUGUUAACGCUCCCUUCGUCUUUGAACUAACAGGUCCACCCAAGCGAGGUUGGCCGACACGGACGUUGCCAUUAGCGACGCCAUCGUCGACUGGCGGGGGCAUACAUCGUAGUCUCAGUACUAAUGAUGUGAGUAGUAUCAGUAGUUUAUCCACUACGGAAGACGAGGAUGUCGACAUGGACGCCGGUUUCCCGACCGAAGCGGAGCCACGGGACUACGAUUUGAUGCUGCACGAGUGGCUGCGGUUAUGCUCGCACAAGCCUCCUUUUAUUGAGAAGAAACUGGUGGAGGUGGAGACGUGUGAGGUUCAUACGAAGGGCAAAUUACGCGAGUUCCGUGUGGACGGCACGACGUCGGGUUUGUUGUUCGAGAGCACGUUAAAGUUGCGUCCUGUGACGAACGUGCAGAAACGUGCUCUACGGUAUCUCUUCUCGCAAGGAUAUCGUAGUAAUUCGGAGAAUUAUAAGGCUGAGGCUGGUGGUGAAGGUGAGGAAGAGAAGAGUCUGGACGAUGCCACGAGUAUGGACGUUGAUAGUGAGGACAACAAGCCGACACGGGAGCGUCGGAACUACGGCAUCUCUCGGCGUGUGACGGUCGCUGUACUGGACGAUAUUAACGAGAUUAAAGAGGGAAUGGACGAUCGGGAUCGAGAGCAUGUGCAGCACGCUCGAGUAGCUGCAGCUGCUCUUGGAAAGGAAACUGCCCUGGAUACAGCAGGUGAAGGUGCGACGUCGAGACGUCCACGACGCAAUAAAACGUUGCAGCGACGAUCAGCAGUACCGAAGCUAGCGUCACUCACGGAGGAGCCUGAAGAGAAUAUUAUUGAGUGUGCAUUGUGCAAGUACAAAGUUCCCGGCCAUGUUCAUCCCGGAGCUCAACCUGCGCCACCAGCUCCAGUUGUUGAGGUGCCAAAGGAAGAAAAACGAGAAGAAAAGAAACCAAAUGAGACGCGCCCACGAACUGACAACCCACCACCCAAGCGCUUGUCGUCCUGGUUUUAA